AUGGUGAGCCUCAACUCCCUUUCCACUAGAUUCGUUCGUUCCAGCCUUCGACAUUCUGAGCCACCUGCCCCCGUCAUCCUUGAUCAGCUUUCAAUUGAAUCCCCUACUCGACGUUUCUAAGAUUUGUCCCGCUAUGGAUCCUGGAGUAUUUUAUCGAAGGGACCAAGCAGCGUUUUUCCGGGGUUGGGAGAACGCAGAGCACAGCCUUAUUCCAGAAGCUCGUCCAUGUUCCGCCACCGAGAUCCUCCAUUUUUCUAGACCCGAAAAGAUUGGAGUCAAACACGAGGAGGUGACUGAUGAGAACGCUGUCCAGUGGGCUAGCAGAAGCUUCGAUUCUGAGAUGGAUGCCAGUGCUCGCAUUCUCUUGGCUCCAGCGAGAAGCAGUUCUUUAAAUGAGGCUGGAAAAUAUGUCUUUCCCACCCCCGACACCCUACCACCCUUCAAGCCAGAGACUUUCAACCUGGUGGGCGAUAUACUAAAAUUGCACCCCGGCGGAUGUGUGAGAAAUGCCCAGUUUUCCCAAGUCUCAAAGUUGGUUGCGUCUCAAGACAUCACCUCCAUAUAUAUAGAGACCUUGUCGCAUCGAGAAUGUUGGAUUAGACUGUUUGUUACUUUCAAUUCUAGAAAUUUUACAACGACAAGCUUACUCCUCCACCUCCUCCCAACGGAACGCGCUUUUAUCGAGCAGAAACUCGGCGAUGCAGCCUUGCAACCACUUAUGCAUCACCCAUUGUUUACCCCAACUCUAGUGAUGGAACUACUCUUCCAAGAAGCAAGCGAGUAUCUUCAUCUUGUAUAUUGCAACUCUGUCGGCCUGUAUAUUGCGGCAGAGUUGCACACCAACGAAGGAUACCGACAUCUCAAGAAGGAAGAUCUAGAUAUGGAGGAAGCAUCAGAAACUGCUUUGGGGCACGAGCAACAUAUCCUGAUUCUAUGCGAGAAGAUCGAGUCAAACCUAAAGAUAGAACACGCUUCGAUUCAGCAGGCGUAAUCAUCCGAAACCGGUUGGAAAAUUUGAUUGAUGGCUUUGAGUUCCAGCUGAUCCGGCUGAAGAGAGUGCAAGGUCAUGCACAGUAUAAUAGACUUGGGGUAGGCACCGUUAACACAUCUUUCCAGGACCGCAAGACACUGUGGAGACUGACGGGUUGUAGUUACAAGUCAGAAAUGCCACACUAGGCAA